GGGGGCGUCAUGGACGUUCACACUGCUUUACAAGAGGGGCUGAAGACCGCCCUCGUCCACGAUGGCCCAGCACGUGGAAAUGUUGACGCUGCCAAAGCCUUAGAGCAGCGUCAUCUUUGUGUGCUUGCAUCCACCUGUGAUGAGCCUGUGGAUGUCCAGUGGGUGGAUGCCCUGUGUGCCAGACACCACGUCGACCGCAUCCAGGUGGAUGACCGCCAGAAGCUAGGCGAGUGGGCAGGCCUCUGCACAACUGACAGAGCAGGAAAACCCCGGAAAGGGGUUGGUUGCAGUUGUGCGGUUGUGAAGGAUUAUGGCAAAGAAUCUCAAGCCAAGGAUGUUACUGAAGAAUACUUUAAAUGCCAAAAAAAAAGAGCUGAGCAUCUAGUUACUCUGCUGACUGACCACUCUCCAUUCCUGGGGCUUCGCGUGGCUCUUGACACAUGGUCGCCUCCUUCUUUGGAGUUGGCGGUGGAGAACAGAUCGAGAGUGAAAUCCCUUUGUGCCUCAAAUCUCUGGUUUAGAUCCUUCGUCAUCAACUGGAGCCACUUUCUGCUUUUAACAGGCUUCCUGGAUUAG